UGCGCCGAGCUCUGAUUCGUUAGCGCGGUUUUUGACGCGAAAUUCAAACACUGCAGUAACUGGCGCUUUUUAGUCCUCAGUACAGUGAACGGAGUCCGGGCUCGAACGCGAAAAUCUUCUCUGCUGAAGCAGUGGACACUCAUUUAUACACUCAUUUUAAAUGAUUAAUUCUGUAGAAAAAAAAGCAGAAGUUUUAUUUUACAGUUUUGUGGAGCAGUGUAUAGGCCCAGAUAUGAAGUGCCUGACCCGCAGCAGAACUUCCGCCCAGAAAACGGAAACGAGCUCAGAGUUAAAGGAACGGAAACAGAGCGCGCCAUCUUUCUGUGUGGCCUCCUCCAUUUCUCCCUCCAUCCCUCAGUCCCUAAACAGUGACCCUACAGGACCUCAUAACAAGGAGAACUGUGAGGAGAACAAGUCAUGUGGUGUGGAUCUGCUGCCCAGUGAUGAUGUUCCUUUGAGCAGCUCGAGUCUAGCAGAGGACAGCGGAUACUUGUCUCUCCACAACAGCCAGCUCGAGCCCAGUGACAACGACCUGCCUUGUACAGAGACGCUGCAGAUCUGCGCAGAGGAAAAAGAGCGUGGACCAUCUCCACUCUAUUCCUCCUCAACCCCGAACUGCCUUCCUGUCCUGAAGUUCCAGGAGGAGGUAUGCAGACAGCUGAAGAAAGACUACAGGAAAACCCAAAGCUAUGAUUGGACCAUCAUUAAUAAGAUUGCUGAGUGUUACAACCUCCAGAACAUUAUUGGUACAAAGAUGGUCGAAUAUGUUGAUAUCCUUUGUGGCUUGUUAAAGAAGGACAUGAAGCACAUCCUGACCAGGAUCUUGGGUCUUCUUGGGGAUUGUGACUUGAUAAGCUGUAAAAAAGUGAGCAAGACGUGGCAGAUAAUCAUUCGCCAAGACAACCGGGCCGUUCAGAGAUGUAGAAAAGCCGAGCAAAUGCUACGGGACACUGGAAAGUCGACAGAGUCUUUAUCCAGAGACUUUGGGCUUAGCAGGGUGGUGUUUUCUUGCCUGCAGAAAGUAGCUUCUUCGACACCAAGAUCCAAACCCACAAAGACGACGCACAGCCAAACGGAUGCCACACAGAAUUCUGCCAAGCCAAGCCGCUUCGCAGAGUUUCACGAAGCUGCAAAAUCUCUGAAGGUUCACGAGGCGCUGAGGAGCUGUCGUGUCUGCGGUUCUCCUGCACGGUUCGACUCGGUCAUGAAAAGGGCGGUGUGUAUGAGAGCGAGCUGUGCUUUCGACUUCUGCUCACUGUGCCAGUCGGCGUACCAUGGGUCCACCCCCUGCCAGAGGGGCAUACUAAAGUCCUCUUCAUCACACUGCCAGACCUCACCUUUAGCAGGUUCUGCUCGCAGCAAACGCAGCAUCCGGCGCCUAUGAGUUAACUCCUAACCCAGGAAACACAAUUUGCACAGUCUUUAUUACUUUAAAAAAAAAAAACUUUUUAUGAUACUUUUAUAAUGUGGACUUUUUAUAUCUGUUCCUCAGUGUCUAAUCUGAAGUGAUGUAUGUCACAUUUUCUGUGCCUUUAGCAUAUGUUUGUAAAGUACUGAAUGCCAAAAGAAAAAAAGGAAGGAGAUGACCAGACAGCCUUCUCCACUGAUGCAAUACAAAAUUUUAUAUGCUUUUAUUUGUAAAUGUAUUAAUGAACUUUAUUUUUUUGUGCCUUGUCCAAUUGUAAAUAUUUACAUGGCUGAAUAAAGAAUCUCUAUUUUUUUUUA